AUGGUUUCGAUCGCUAAAAAAGACAUGGAAGAAAAGGAAAUAAAAGAUGGCUCUGAACCUGAAAAAAAAGAAAAUGAAGGGAAAAAGACCACUAAUGAAGAUCCGGUGGAAGUUAAUGAAGAGCAAUCAAAUGAAGUGGACGCUUCAGAAGAAAAAAUAGAUGUAAAGGAAGAAAAUAUAGAUGAGAACGAAGAAAAUAUAGAUGAGAAAGAAGAUAUAGAAAAUGAUACAUCUUCUAAAGAGAAAAUAGUUACAUCUGUUGAGCAAGAAAAUGAUGCCAGUGUUGAGCAUUUAGAUGAAAAUUUAUCCAUGUCUGAUCCUGAGCAAGAAGGCCAAGCUAACCAGUAG